CACCGGGCUGUGUCCGAUGUUCGAUGUGUCUCCGUCGGACCGGGGACAGAUUGGACCGGACCAGGCUGCCAUACGACCUACUCCCGCGACCGCCCCGCAACAGGCCGCUUCCUCCGGCUGCGUCCGCGGGCACUUUCCCCGCGGACAUGAAGAGGAAGUCAGGACGAAAUCAAGUCAACUUUCCCGGUAUCGUAGGUUAGCAAACAUGGCUGCCCUGUACUGACAAGCGCGACAAUUCGGUUGUUUGUCUGUUGUGUCUUAUCAAAUAAACAGCUUAACCGGCAUUGAGCUCUCCACAGACGGGAAACGUAGCUUCAGUGACUCGCUGAAUUCACCUACACGGUACAAGUGUUGCCAUUAAGAUGUAAAAAGAGUGACGAAGUGGUAAAAAGUUGUCGCGACUGAGACAAAGUGGAGCUGCCUUUCAGCCGAAUCCUUCCCGCUGACAUAUGUUGCCAUGGAUGCCGUGUGAGUGACAGCUCCUAUGAUCAAUAGGGUGUGAUGCAUUUGGGUACACUCGGAACUACAUGGUAUAUGUACCACUUUUGUGGCUGUACAAUAACGUCAGUCAUUUUUAAACAUUGAAAUUUUGAUUAAACAAUUCUUUUCACUAAUAUAAAAUAUAUUUGAAGGUUAUUCACUUGGUGAUAAAGUUUCCGAUAUUGAUCUUUUCACUAAUAUCAAAUAUAUUUGAAGGUUAGUCACAUGGUGAUAAAGUUUCCGAUAUUGAAAAGCAAAAUUUACUCUUACCUUAAACGCCACAUUACUCGUCUGCCCGACCGCUAACAAAAAGGCUAAACUCGGCUUCAAAAGUUCAAAAACUUCAAAAAAACUGCAUUCACGAUAAAGUCAUUUAUUUAAAAGAGGGGGGGGAAAACUAUCAAGGCAAAUUUCAUUGAAUAUCCUCAUAUUGCCUCGCUACAUUAUAGCGCUAAUGUUAUUUUUUGUAGAAUAAUCUUAGCAUCAGCUAAUGUUGACAGGAGUUCCCAUGAUGCGUUGCGCAUGAUGCCUUCACUAGCACACGUUGCUGUUUAUUUAGUAUGAAUUAAAUGACGGCCUUAAAGUAUAAACACUUUCGAAGGAAAACAUUUAAUCAGUGAUAUAUUUAAAGAAAUUUCUGUUGUAAUUCGUAGGUAUCUACUAUCCAGUAAAAAAAUGUACUUUUUAAAACAGUAAUUCUAAUGUUACAGUGACUUUGAAUGUCACAUGAUUCUCGCCGGAUAGUAUCAAAUUUGAAUCUGUGGAGAUGCUAAACGUUUUGCUUUGCUUUACAAAAUAAUUAUGUCUUUUAAACGCGAAGGCGACGAUAAGAGUCAACUAAAUAUCCUCAAGAAACGACGCGUCGCGGACCUACUGUCAAACUUUAUUCCAGACGACGAAGCAACACUUUUGAGCAAUGGAAGGUACACUUGUCUUGUGUGCCACUUCCGCCCAGUGUUUGACACUGUUGACAUGUUGACAGUACACAGGAAAGGUAAAAGACAUCUAGAAGGUUUAAAAGCGUUCUAUGGUAAGAAGGCUCAGCUCAAGCAUGAAAUAACAAAACGGAAACAAGAAAUCUUCACCCAAGCCGAAGACCAGCAGCAAGAAGGAUCAACUUUAGCAGCACCUUUACUAGCACAAACGCGGAAGCUGACUCAUCACGCUUUGCUGAAGACCGGCCCGUAUAACAGCUGCCAUCGUAAAACCAGCACUAAAACUGAAAAAGCGCCAGCAAACAGCAAAAGUCUAUUUCAGCAUACGGUGCCACCUUGUGGGAUUGCAGAGUCAAACAAGGUUCUCGUCCCGACAGAAAGUGAGAAGUCAACCAACACCACACGAGGGCGCCCCCUGGCAGCGUCAACAUCUGAACCCAUGUCAGCUCAGAGGAGACAAGAGUUGGAGCAUUAUCUCAAAUUGAAAAGUGACGGGUGGCUGCGAGACCCAAGUGGCCGCUGGGUGAAAGACGACAAUGUGGAGUUUGAUUCAGACGAGGACGAGCCUGUGUCCCUUAUAGCCGAAUCAUCGGGGAAUGUCCAGGAAUGGCCAUGAGGUUGGGACAUUUGCUUGCGGAGAAUCAGUAGCACUCCCCUCGAGACUAUCAGUCGAGCGGGUGCUAGUAGACAAUCACUUGUGUGCUCCUAAGCUCCACCCCUAGCUAUUAGGCUCCACGGGUAACUGCCUAACUCACCUGUGACAGGAACGGCCACUGCACAUGACUACUUUAGCUUAGCUCAUGUGGUAAUUACUUAGCACAGCUAGCAGAGCCUGUUAGCCUACAAAGCUAACGUCUAUAUAUACUGCUCAUGUCAAUUUCCCUGUUCAUAAAACUUCAAAACCUGGCUGCUUUUGCUGUUUAAAGUGGAAAGUCAGGUUUUUUGACAUUUAGGCUUAAUCUUUGAGUUAGCAGGGGUUUAGCUAGUUGGUGAAGUUGUUUUCGAGAAAUUCCGUUUCGUUUGCAAGUUAUGUUAGUUUCAGAGCUCCGGAGUGGCUAAGCUAAUGCGAGUAAAUGGCACCUUUAAGCAUUCCAAGCGAACGUAAACAGCAAAGAUGGCUGAUCGCCACAAGUUGUUUUUUUAUUUUGGCCUUCAAAAGACAUUUUGACCUCCAACAAACCUGACUUCUCAUAUGUGAUCAAAUAGUGGAGGAGUACUAAUGACAUUUUUCCAGAUCAGAGGUUGGAAACCCUGACUUCGCACGUUCCUCGAAUGCAGCAUCAGUCUGCUGAGUAUGACUAACGGCCGGCAACAUGGCGAAAUGUGCAUUUAGAGGCUGUGUUAACAUACAGAAGAAACAGGCAAAGCAAAGUUUCCACAAAUUCUCUAUGAAGAACGAGGAAAAAUAUAAAGUGGUCACCUGCUGCAGGCUACUACAUAAAAAAUCAGCUGUGGAAAAAAAAAAACGAUGUGAUAUCACUCCGCCCUGCUCCUCUGCAGAACUUCUGGAUUACAAAUGUUGCUGUUCAUACUGCAAUUAUUGAAAUGCAAUGGUAAGUUUUAAUAACUUUAUCCUGAAAACAUAGCCAACACUUUUGAUUGCAUUGGUAAUCGAUGAUUUUCAUGUGUGCAUGUGUUGUGUUUUUUAUUGGCAUGCUUAUAAUGGUGCCAUUGACUCGCUAGCUUAGCCACUCCGGAGCCCUGAAACUAACAAAUAACUUGCAAACGAAAUGGAACUUGUUGAAA